AUGCCCUCAGAUAUCUGGGUGUCGUGGCUUGGAGAGUUCCAAGCAAAAUGGAGAGAACGGGGAGAGAAAUGCUACGGCAUCCAUUUUUCUCGUCACAUAUCCCGAGAGGAAUGUGACAAGAUCCACAAGGUGCUCUGUGAGCGCCGAGACGACGCCUCAGUGAUCGACCAGUUCGCAUUCGGACUGAGCGAUCCGACUCACUUUCCGGAGAACGUGAUAGGCACCCUCGUAUAUGUCAGCAAGGGCUGGCAUGCCGAGGAGCAGCAACCCCAUUUCACAGUGGAGCUGCACUACGUCUACGAGUGGGCCUGGAAUUCUCAUGUGGCCACUUGCCACGUCUACGAAGACUUUUCAGAGUCUGUAGAGUGGAAAGCAGAUGCGAGACAUCUGCGGCAGUACAAGCAGUGGCGUGCGACGCGCUAUGGGGUGUGGGACGCAACCAUUCCCCAGUAA